AUGUCAUCAUUUACAAAAACACUUUACAAUGUAUUUUUUCGUCGUUCGGCAACUAUUGUCUUAUCAGUUGCUGCUGGUGUAUUUGUUUAUGAACGUGUUAUAAAUAAAACAACGGAUUAUCUAUUUGAACGUCAUAAUCAAGGCAAAUUAUGGAAAGAUGUUCAACCACAAUUUAAACUGCAACUAGAUGAGGAUGAUGAGUCAUCUGGUUCAUCAUAA